UUUUAGUCAGGCAAAUCUUUUAAGUCACACUCUCAUGGGGUCUUUAAGCACACUGGUUUGUUUACAACAACACGUCACCAGGAAAUGCCGAAAUGCUACGACAGGCCUCCACAGACGCGCCUCUUUUUGGCGACGAUGACGUCACGGGCAGCUCAAAAAAGUCCAACAUUCGGCAUCCUUUGGCAACAUUUUUCCAUCUUUUCUUCCGAACAAGUGCAAUCUUAGUGUACUUGCUGUGUGAUGUCUUCAGUAAUGGUUUCAUCGGCUGUAUGGUUACAAUUAUUCUGCUGCUGUCAUGUGACUUUUGGACUGUCAAGAAUGUUUCUGGCAGGUUGUUGGUUGGUCUGAGGUGGUGGAAUCAAGUGGAUGAAGAUGGCAAGAGCCACUGGGUGUUUGAAUCAAGAAAGAGUCAGAGCACCACAUCCAGUGCAGAGUCACGCAUCUUCUGGCUGGGUCUCAUCGUUUGCCCCCUUUUCUGGAUGAUUUUUGUGUUCAGCACCAUCUUCAGUUUGAGUAUUAAGUGGCUGGCGGUGGUGAUUAUGGGUGUAGUUUUGCAGUGGGCCAACCUCUAUGGAUAUGUCAAGUGCAAAGUGGGCGGAAAGUCCAACCUGAGAAACAUGGCAACCAACUAUUUUACAACCCAAAUUUUUAAGCAGGCAGUGAAACAAACAGAAGCACAGUCCUGUUAACUGGGAUGAGUGACUGCAGUGUGACUGACUACGCUGGAUAUUUGGGAAAUUAAUUAAUUUUGAAAAGCUGGUUGGUCAUUUCUAGGGUAUUAUGGGUGUUUGUAAUUCUAUUUUUGUUACAACGUUUUUGGGGUGGGGGGUUCUUCCUGUAAAGUUGUCAUUUGAUGAAGUACAAUAUAUUUUUUCCUUUAAAAAAACUAUGUGAAAUCAAACUUUAAGAGUGAUUACAGUGUAAUGGAUUGUACAAACAAAAUUAUAAUUUCACUGGCAUAAUGAUCCAGAUACUUUCCAACAAGGAGAUCAGUUACUAAUAUAUUCUACAAAGAUUUAAUCUCAGAAGGUUAAGUGGAAAAUAUAUAUUAUGGCCAUAUUUGUGCAGAAUGGUGCCGGUUAUUCAUGUGAUAUUAUUAUUUGAGGCAGUUUUGGUUUAGAAAUACAGAUUGAAUACAUGUUUUGCAUAUAGACA